UAUUAAAGCCAUCUCAUCUCUCCCUCCAAUAAAAGAAUCUUCAACAAAAAUCUCUCUUUUUUUUGGUGCCCCAAGAAGGAAGGUGCAAACCAUGUGUUCUCCUCGUGUUCUCCGUUUCUUAUCUCUCUUGCUCUGCGUUUUUCCCUUCAUCGCCUCUGCUCUGCAUUUACCACUCAAAGUCACACAGUUAGAUGCCGAUGACCCAUCUCGAGAUCCGUACCAGAUCCUCAGCCACCUUGUCUCUUCCUCUUUAGCAAGAGCUCAUCGCCUUAAAAACCCCAAAUCCGCCGCCGCCGGCAACAACACCGCCACCCCACUCUUUUCCCACAGCUAUGGAGCCUACUCCAUUUCUCUCAGCUUCGGCACUCCACCUCAAAUCCUCCCUUUCGUCAUGGACACCGGCAGUGACUUCGUUUGGUUCCCCUGUACCCAUCGCUAUGUAUGCAAAAAGUGUUCCUUUUCCUCAUCUUCCUUCAGAAACACUACCAUCCCAUCUUUUAUCCCCAAGUUAUCUUCAUCUUCCAGGCUUGUCGGCUGCCGGAACCCAAAAUGUUCAUGGGUCCACCACACCAACAAGACCCAAUGCGACGAAUGCCAAAACAACCCCAAACCCCGAAAAUGCACUCAAGUUUGUCCCCCUUACUUCAUCCUCUACGGCUCAGGAACCACGGCGGGACUUGCAUUAUCGGAAACCCUAAAUCUUGGUGACAGAACUGUCAACAAUUUCUUAGUCGGAUGCUCCGUUCUCUCUUCCCGGCAACCCGCCGGCAUCGCCGGGUUCGGCCGGGGACUGCCUUCUUUACCUUCUCAACUUAAGCUAAAUAAAUUCUCUUACUGUCUCAUCUCUCGCCGUUUCGACGACUCUCCUAGGAGCAGCACUUUGAUACUUGAUAGCACCUCCGAUUUUGAUCGGAAAACGAAUGGUUUGAUUUACACGCCGUUUCUCAAAAACCCCGUUGUCGAAGGCAAAGAAGCUUUCCGAGUUUAUUACUACGUUGGUUUAAGGAAGAUAACAGUAGGUGGCCGCCGCGUUAAGGUUCCUUACAAGCUUCUUUCGCCAGGAAAAGGUGGCGAUGGCGGCACCAUCGUGGAUUCCGGCUCGACCUUCACUUUCAUGGCUCGUGAGAUAUUCGUGCCCGUAGCUACAGAAUUUGUGAAACAGGUUAAGAAUUACAGUCGAGCCCGUGAUGUUGAGGCCUUAACGGGGUUGAGGCCUUGUUUUAAUGUUAGCGAUGGGGAUAAACAAGUGGAAUUUCCUGAGUUGAGGUUGCGUUUUAAAGGCGGCGCGGAAAUGGCGCUGCCACUGGAGAAUUAUUUCGCGGUGGUCGGAGAUGGGGUGGCGUGUUUGAUAGUGGUGACAGAUGGCGGUGUCGGUGGAGGAAAGGCUGAAGUGGGGCAUAGUGGACCAGCUGUAGUGUUGGGGAGUUUUCAGAUGCAGAAUUAUUACGUGGAAUAUGAUCUGAGGAAUGAGAGAUUAGGGUUAAAGCCACAGUUAUGUAUAUAGUAAAAUUCUAUAUGUCCCAUAUCCAUCGUUAAAUGUGUUUUUUUAUCUCCAAUUUUUGGACUUCUUGGAAUUCAGUCAGUAAAAGAAGACAGGUUUUUUCUUGGGGAAAACGGGGAAGAAAAUUAGGAGUGGGUAAUAUUUUUAUAGUUUUGACUUUUUUUUAUUUAUCUUAAUAAUGUUGAGUGUAGGAUACAUGAUAGCUAAUUAUUGUAUGUUGUUCCUUUUUUUUUAAAAAAAAUAAAGGCGCUUUGAUGUUGAAAUCA